AUGGCGUCGUCUGAUGGAAGCACACAUGGCAGCAGCUUUGGAACUGGAAGCCUUGGAAGCCAACCCGCGCGGACGCAGCACUCAGUGGAGACGUUCAUCGAUCGGAACUGGCAGUUCGAUCAGGGCCAGCACAAGUCCAGAUGCCGCAUAGAAACGGCUAAAUUUGCUGAGCAAAGCCUUAAGAUGCUUGCCAAGAGCCGUGAACCGGGUGAGCAUGACGGAGCUGUACGGCAGGCUACCAUCGAGCGGCUGCAGGCGCUGCUGCGGGACCCGCAGAUCUUUCCGGCGCCCUCCCGGCUGCAGCUCGUGCCGUACGGCUCCUUCCUGAGCUCGUGCUACAGCCGGAGCUCAGAUCUGGACCUUGCGCUGACGGGGGAGGUGGCGCCUGUGGUAGUCGGGCGGCGGGGGGGAAUUCCGGCCGGAACUGCGGUGCCGCUGGAGCAACUUUCCAGGGAGGAGUGCGUGAUGCUGCUAGUACGGCUGGCGUAUACGUUGGAGGCGCAGCAAUUGACCCACGGGUCGGUGGACCGCAAUCCGCUGGGCGCCCGGGUACCUAUCAUCAAGUUUGAGGCGGUUGGCAGUGGCAUCGAAUGCGACGUUUGCGUCACCACCCGAGGGUGCGACUUCAAGAGCUCCAUCAUGCGGUCGCUGUACAAGUUGCAGCCCUCCCUGGCGCCCCUCAUACAGCUGGUCAAGCUCUGGGCCAAGCACCACGACAUCAACUCGGCGCACUGCUCCACACUGAACAGCUGGAGCCUGGCGCUCAUGGUGGUCUUCAGUCUGCAGAGCUACCCGGGGGGCCACCUCCUCCCGCCCCUGUGGAGGAUCUUCCACGAUGAGGAGCCCACGGGCCCGGCGGGCAAGGGCCGGCCGCUGCAGGACAAGAGCCUCCAGCUGAAUGACAUGCUGGUAGUCGCGGAGAUCAGGUGCACCGAGGAGGCUGAUCACCUCCUGGCCCCCCGGUGGUCGCAAUCCUCCUCCGAGCCUCCGGGGCUGUUGGACCAGCUGCUGUGGUUCCUGUCCUGCUUCUCCACCAUCAUGUGCCAGUGGCGGGACAACUCGGCACAGCGGAACUGGCGGGUGAGUACGUGGCUGGGUCGCGGCUACACGGCCCGCUUCCCCAAGGCCUACGUGGCGGCGGUGGAGGAGCCCUUCGACUGCAAUGACAACACAGCAAGGAGCCUGGGGACCAGGUGUGGUUUGGCUGGAAAUGCGGAGUCGGAGUUUUUCCCGACUCGCCAGACUGCCCUUCGACCGCAACCCCGCCCUGACUCGUCACGCCUUGCCCCCCGGGGACUGUGGGGUCGGGGGACUGAUGAUUUCGGGAACGUGCAGGAGCGCAACGAACACACACUGUCGUACGUUGCGUGGGUAUUCGGCCACUCCCUCCACCUGCUGCGCAACGUGUCGUCUACGGAAGACGCUGCUCGCGCCCUGACCUGGCUGUUCGGUGCGGAGGCCCUUCCGUGCGUCGGACUUGAACGGCUCAAGGUUCCCGCCGGGGUCAUUCAUAAGGACGCUCUGCGGCAGUUGGAGACAAUGGAGGCGGCGAGGGGGGCCUCCAGCAUCCACCCGCACAGACGCACACAUGACGGGGAGACGCAGGCGGAGGACGGGGAGGAGGCCGGCACGAAGUGGGUAGCCGAGUAUCAGAAGCGCCUGGCCAUAAGGGCUUUCAUCGAUGCGACCAAGCAGCAGCAACAGCCGGCCCAGGUGCAGCAGCUGCAGGAGUUGGAUAUUCGGCAGGAGCUGGAGCUGCAGCAGGCGUUGCUGCAGCAGCAGCAGCAGCAGCAGCUAGUGGGUGAGAGUGGUGCGGCUGCCGGCCAAGCCUUCUUAGAAGCACUUCGAGGCGGCUCGCAGGUCAAGGACCAAGCGCUUGCGGCGGCUGACCGGGCACGGGCAGCAACGGAGGCGGCAGCAGCAGCGCUGGCGAAAGUCGGCUUAGGACCGACGGCGCAGCGCGACGCAGCUAAAGCCAAGUUGAGACCUUACUGGUACAUGGUGGGCGAACCGGCGAUUACAUUACAUUACAACGCCGGGCUGGCAGGCGGCGGCGGCGGCGGCGGCAAGCAGUGA